AAACGGAACCCACUGAUAGAUUAACCGCUGCAUCGAGCGAAUGCCGUAUGCUGCUGAAUGUAGCACGAUAUUAUGGAAUUAUUUCAAAAAUUGUAAACAUCUUAGAUCAGAAUUGCGACGCUUUAGCGGCUAACGAUGCUAUUCAGGUGGUCCAUCAGCCGGAAAACCAAUCUAUUUCAAUCUACUAUGGAGAAAUAAUUGAGGAAUGUCUUUCGGACUCGGAAACAGUAGUGGUAGAUUCGGAAAACCUGCAGGCAAAAGUUUCCGAGUCACCGGAAUACCUGCAUAAUACCGCGGCCGCCAAAGAAUUCGAUCUUUCAACCCAUACAAUUGUCGAAGAUGAUUGCGAUGAAAUGUUCUCUUUUGCAGAGGAACAGUCGAUGCUGUCGUUGGAUAAUGCAGAGGGUGUCGAGAUUGAAGUAAUCGGAAAUGUAGAAAACGUCGAUGCUAUAAGCUGUGAAGAUGGCCAAAAAAUACUAAUAACUGAUGAAAAUGCUAGCGAAGAUGAAAGCGAUGUUUCCGAGUACUACGUAGAAUUUCUACAGGAGAAUGAUUCCGCACCAGUUGGUGACUUAGAGGAAGAUGCGGUUGCGACAGAAAAAUCCUGUGAAAUGGCUCCAUCUAUUGAAAAGGAUGAAAGAGUACUGUCAAAGCGCUACAGAUGCCAUUUCGUAUCUUGCGGUCAGCAAUUUCAGUUGGUGAAGGAAUACGAUGAUCAUAUUAAAAAAGAACAUUCGGGCAUUAUUACUCCCCCAAUAUUACUUCAGUGUAGGUAUAUAGAAUGUGCGGUCACAUUCAGUGAUACGUACAAGCUAUAUUUGCAUCACAAGAACCAUAAAGCACUAGUUAAGUCGGCAAUCAAAGCAGAUUUUUACUGUAGUGCAUGCAAGAUAACGUUCACUAGUAAGGAAGAACUGAAGAAACAUAUUAAGGAUCAUCCCGAGAAAACAGGAAAAGUUCGAGUUAUCAAAUCCAAUAUCAAACGGUUUUGUGAAUUUUGCUCCGAGGCACUUGAACCUAAGAUCAACGUUUACAAUGUGCACUGUGUGGAAACACAUGGUCGCGCAUUGUACAGUUGCUUUGUGUGUGGAAAGGUUUUCCAUUUGAUGGCACAUCUCAGCGAACAUAUAAAGGCUGGUCAUGAUGCCGAAACCACUCGGAAGUAUAUCGACGAAUCUCUCUGGAGAACUUUUCAAUUUGAAAGUUCCACAAUCAAAGAAUGUCGUAUAUGCUUCCGGCUGUUUACAUCGCCGAGAGCAGAAUACCAACAUAGUCAGCAACAUAUUAAGGAAUUGUCGCUUACUUGUUCCCACUGUGGUGGUAAGCACUAUGAAAGUCAUUGUACAGAACCUCGUCCCAAGUAUAGUCAAGUAUAUAAGAAAGUUCAAUGCGAACAAUGCCAACGGUGGAUGUCUAAAAAGAACAUCAAGGAGCACAUAGCGACCCAUGCCAAUGAACGGCUUUAUCCUUGUACCGUGUGCAGGAAAUCUUUCAAGGUCAAACGAACGGCUCAUCGCCACAUUCAGAACCACAUCAAUGCCCAAAAUAAACGACGCAAGUGUUACGAUUGCGAUCAGGAGUUUGAAAAUGAUUCUCUUAUUCCGGAGCACUACCGGCUUCUGCACGUGGACCGACGGCCGUAUAAUUGUCUGAUCUGCGGCAAGGGAUUCUUCAUCAAAGCCGAGCUCGGUGAUCAUUCUCACACACACAGCGACGAGGAACGGCGCCGAAUGUCGGUUAAAAAUCCGGUCGAACACUAUCAGAUUGGAAAUGCGCGGGUCUACGAGUGCACUCUCUGUCGGCGAGCAUUUUCCGCCAAGCGAACCACGGUGGCCCACUUUAUUGUGCACACGGAUCGACCCUUCAUCUGCCAGUGUUGCAGUAUGUCAUUUCGGGUUAAAAUCGCGCUGGAAGACCACCUGCUGGACGUUCACAAAGCUAAGCUGUAGAAAAUGGUACGCAACGUAAUAGUGAUGA